GGAAAGUGGGCGGAGAGUGGGCGUGUGCAAUCGGCAGUGGCCUCCUGCAGUGUUCGACAAUCAAAACCAUUGAUUUCAUCCAUAGCAUCAUUGGGAUGAGUGUGAAGCUGAUCCGUCCGGCAGAAGCGUAGAGGGGGCGAUGGGCAACAACCACAGUGCGGACCGCCAUGGUGCCGUUAUCGACGACCACACACUCGACUUCCUCCACAAAGCCGACAGAGAUGCCCUCCACACGUAUGCAAACCACACACAAAUCAAUGCGGAUCAAUGAGGGAGGGGGAGGCAGUUGACAGCUAUGUGUGUUUGGGUGUGGUGUGCCAUCUGUGUAUGUGUGCAGCCGGUCGGAGGUCGGCAGCCUCAGAGUCACAGCCCAUUUCCUCUACGAAGUCGACUUCUCGGCCGCCGUCCUGAGCAACCGACUCAAUCGCUGCCUGGUGGCCAGGGGGCUGCAGACCAUCAUCGCAUUCGACGCUCAGCUGGACCGCCCUCUGGUGCUGAAGGCCAUCUGGCUGGUGGACACGCAGCAGUGGACUGAGGUGGCCAAUGCGCUGCGCUUCGCGGCUCCGAGGGGCUACUGUCAGCUGCCGAUAACACUGGCUGUGGCCGACAUGCAGCGUCACGAUAGCAAACAGGUGGGCAGAUGAGCGUGGGGCGGGGCGGGGGGCACUCAUCGGUUUGUCUGUCUGUCUGUCUGUCUGUGGUGUCUGUGUAGGCGUAUUUGGCCGAUGCGCGUGUGAUCGCAUUGUGGAAGAUGGUCGGCAGACACGUCAACUUCGGCGGCCAGUUGGGCCGUUUUGAGCUGUUCGACCAGGCGGGCGGCGGUGUGCGUGCCCUCCGCGACGAGCCGGGCUUCGAGCUGGACAUCAACCCCCCCCUCCCCCCCGCCCACCCAUACCGCCCACACGCCAUCAACGACAACCCGCCCAUCAGAUCCACAAUCAGCUGGCAGGGGGGCGGCUGGACGGCCGGUGGUGAGGAGACCACUGAUGCCUCGGCGUCGGCGUUCAUCAUGGGGACCAUCAUGUGGCCUUCGAUGGCCAAUGAAGGGCGGACGCCUUGGGUUGCCUUUGACCGGUACGCAGGACACGACACUCAGGCAAACACACAUCCAUCCAUCCAUCACGGCCUCUUCCCUCUGUCAUGUGCUGGUCUCCUCAGUCAUGACCAUGGCGGUGUGCUGGACGGCCUCCUCAACCACUCGCCCCACCAGCCCCCCAACGGAUGCACCGCCGUCAUGGCGGGCAGGUGGGACGAUGAUGAUCCCCCUAUACAGCUUCGGCAGCUGCUGCUGACGCCGUUCGACAGCCCAUUCGUCGCAUCUGUCGAUCUGUGUCUCUUGCCCGACACGGACAUAGGUGAGGGAACGGAUAAGAAAUCUUUUGCUGAUUGAGCCGUCCUUUGACGUGUGUUGUGUCGCUGAAUGCAGUGGGUGUUUCUGCCCUCACCACCGAGCCGCCAGUGGGUGAUGCAUCGGCUGCCUUCAAGGACCGCCGGCCGACCACCGCCCCUCUGAUGCGCGGCCCGCUGGGCAGCACCAUCGCAGACAUGGUGGUCAACCGACAGGAGAAAGUCGCUGAUGAGGGUGAGUGUGCAGCCGGCCGCCUCCACCUCGGUCUGUCGGUCGGAUGAGUGUGUGUGUGUGGUGGUGCGCAGAUGAGGGUGCGGAUGACGGCGAUGGCGACAGUGGUGAGGGUAAGUGGUGUGUGUGGGGUGCCCAGCCCGCCUUGCUAGGUGUCUUACUCGUAUGUAUGUAUGUGUGUGCAGAGGAUGAUGAUGACAGUGCGGAUGACGGCGACAGCGAUGAGGGUGAGUGGAAUACAUGUGUGUGUGUGUGUGUGUGGUUGGGCCCACUUGUAUGUUUACGUGUCUUGAGUGUGCAGAUCUGGAUUGCGAUAUCGACGGAGAGGGCGACGGCGAGGGCGAGGGCGAGGGCGAUGGCCAGCAGCAGCAGGAGGAGGAGGAAGAGGGUGAGAUGGGGGCAGAGGAGGAGCCAGAUCGGGGCGACAUACACGCACUCAUUGUGUGCGUGAUGGAUGUGAUGUAUGUAGGUUGAUCGACUACACACAGAGCAGCCCAAUCGACCAGAUCAAGCAAAUAGAAUCGAUGGCCGGUUUUGUGUGAAUGCUGUACGUACAACUCACACUUUGUACUGUCACAUACUUACAUACAUGCAUGGCUGACUGAGUGUGUUGUGUGGCUCGUGUGUCGAUUCAGUUCAUAGUCACGUCCAAAUGCUUCGCCU